AUGCCCUUGGUUGUGAAAGGACCCCCUUCGCAGGUAACGGUUUGCCAACAUGCUGCUGAAAUAUCAUCUAUCAAUAAUGCACACGAAGGAGAAACGUCCUGUAAUGCUGGAAACUCAGUGUCAGGGAACUGACAUCAGAGCUAGAGGCGGAGGGAAGGCUCUCAAAUGAUGCUGGAGAAGGGCCCAGCAGGGAGAGAGGCAGCUCCACAGAAGGGGAAGCAAAUCAGCGCAACACCAGGGAUAAAGGGGGGCUGAUGGGGGAAUCGGCGAGAGGGCUCCAGGACUCUUCACCGGACACCAGCGGGGAGAGCACGGGUCCUCCGCUACCCACGCCCACCCUGCGCAGAAGACUUCCGCGCAGAGAGAGUAGGAGGAGACUGGGUGUCAAACAACUUUUAUGUUGGAAAAGAUUUAAGAAACGCCCACUGACGGAUUCUGCUAGCGACUGAGGCAGCCACGAAUUAAGGGCUGUCCAGACAGAAAGGUUUAACAAGGCAACAUAGCCAGGAGUGACAGUAACUUACGCACGAGCAACCCCACACUCAUUACACUCAGUUAUGCCUCCAAAGCAUUGUUUGGGAGGAACAUGUCAAAAUCAAACACACAGCAAAUAUAACGCCUUAAUCAGCCUUGGUCAGCCUGGUACUCUCCAGAGGUUUUGGAUUACAGCUCCCAGCAGCCACAGCAUUCACCAGGGAGUUAUUUCUUGAAUUACCACAGCUAUAAAACUUUUAGCAUUCCGUCGCUAGGCUUCUCAUUCUUUGGGGAAGGGCUGUACCUCAGUGGUAGAGCAUCUACCUUGCAUGCAUGAGGCCCCAGUUCAAUCCUUAGCGGCAUCUCCAGCUAGGAUUUGGAUUAGACUUCCCGCCUGAAACUCUGGGGAGUUGUUGCCAAGUCAGUAUAGACAAUACUGAGCAAGAUCUACUGGUAGUCUGACUGGCAGCUUCCUAUGUUCAUUCUUCCAGUUUGCUCUACCAUCUCUUCUUUCUGCAGUUUUCUGCCAUCUCCUUUUUCCUCUUUCUGUUAUAACUUGGGCCAGGUUGUGCAUAUCUCAGUUAGGUCUAUUCCUUUUCAUGAGUCUACUCUGAGUAGAAUUGAGUUGAAUGCAUUUCUCUGUCUGGAACUUUAGAUCAAGGAAGUGUCCUGUUUUCCGUUUUUUGCUUACCACCAUUGUUUCAGUCCUUUAUUUGUACCAGGGACAAGCUGAGGCUCUAAUGCCUUAGGGUUGACUCCAAUUAAGUUCUACUUGUGGUAGACACAUUAAAAUGAAUGAAUCUCAGUUAGGCCUACUUAGGGUAGAUUUAUUGAAACUAACACUGAAUAGAACCCGUAGUAAAAUCCCAGCUUGGUUGCCUUUUUCCUGUAUGUUCCUCUGUGAGUUGAGAUUUCUUUCCUUCAGGAAACCUUUCUUCCUUUCCAGGUUGCAACUCUACCAAACUCUCUGGUUGGAAACACGGUCCCGCAGCAGCGGAUGAGGAAGAAGGCCAAAGUAUUGUCCUUGGCAAAGAGGUAUUGGGGGAUGCAGGGACCUGUGGGUUGUCUGAGUUUAAAUGGGGAGGAAGAAGAUGAAGGGACCACUUUUCCCCGAUUGCCAUGUUGUGAGGUGAACCAGUUCUGCUUUAUUCCCUAUAGGAUCCUGAACUUCAAGAAGGAGUCCCCCACCCUGCAGCCGAAGGAGCCUCCACCCUCUCUGCUCGAGGCAGAUUUAACAGAGUUUGACGUGAAGAAUUCCCACUUGCCCUCUGAAGUCCUUUACAUGCUUAAAAAUGUCAGGUAAGGGCAAAUGUGGUGAGAGAGCUGGGCCGGUGGGGGCUGAAGAGUAACAACUUCCCUACCAUUAAAGAGUUUGCAUAAAGAUUGAAUUUGACAUGUCCUCAGUUUGAGGAGAAUAAGGAUUGACACACCGGGACCAUUUGAGCAGCUUGUCAUGUUUACCAGCAACGAGCAGGCCAGCCCCUCUAAGAAGUUCAUUAGUGAGGCACAGUGGCAGCAAUGUUUGCAUCUUAACCCCUUGCAUCUGGUUUUCUCCUUCUAAAAAUGGGCUUUGGGCUGCUCUCUAACUUAGACUAAUCGAGGUUGCCGGUGAAUCCUUCUGCUUUUGCCCCUGUUACAGGCAACUCUCUGUUUGCACAGGGGUUGCGAUUUGGGUCAUCACACAUGUUGGCAAAGCUUGUGUAAGCCCACCCCACCCUUCCCUGCCCUGUACUACUCCUGCCCCCUCUGGGGUUAAAAAUAGUGCAUGCAUUGGCGGUCACUCGCCAAUCAAAACACGUGCAAAAUGGUCACCACCUGUACUUUCAAAGUAGCAGCUGCGGCAACCUCCUGUAGCAGUGAGUUUCCCCCUUUCUGGACUCAUUGCUGUUUUAGGCCAGGAGCAGGAUGCCUGGUGUGCAAGCUCCUUCUCAUCUCUUUCCCUGCAGGGUCCUUGGCCACUUUGAGAAGUCUCUCUUCCUGGAGCUCUGCAAGCAUAUGGUUUUUGUCCAACUGCAUGAAAGUGAGUACAUCUUCCUCCCGGGGCAGCUGGACAACAGCAUCUACGUGAUGCAGGAUGGAAAGCUGGAAGUCUGCAUCCAAGAAAGUGUAAGGAUAGCUGACAGGUCAUCAACAUCCAUGGCCAAACACUGCCAGUUAAAACAGUAUCGAGCAGUAAAGCAUAUAGGAUAAGGAGCAAAUAAUAACAAAGUCCCUCCCCUCUUUGCCUGGCAGAGUCAGAGUAGACACUACUGGGCUGUAGCAGGUGGAGGCAUGCUCUGAAACUUCUAAUUUGUCUGUUGAGAGGCCUGCUGGCUGUAUGCUCAGUAGCUACCUAAGUUCUGCCUGUCUUGGUUUAGAUCUCAUAUAACCCCUGUUUUAAAACAGCUGCACUGAUCGCUAGUUCAUUUCUAGGCCCAAUUCAAGGUAUUUAGGUUAGUGUUUAAAGCCCUAAAUGACUCAGGCCCCAAAUACCUGAAAGGCCGCCUUCUUCACUACAGACCCUCUCAGGUGAUAAGAUCAACAGAGAUGACUCCCUUAGUUGCUCUUUAGUUGUGGCCUGCAAGAGGGUAUUCCCUGUGGCAGCCUUCCCACAGAGAUGUGCCUGGCACCUUCAUUAUAUAGCUUUUGGCAAAGACUAAUAAGAAUGAGGGGACGCGGGUGGCGCUGUGGGUUAAACCACACAGCCUAGGACUUGCCGAUCAGAAGGUCGGCAGUUUGAAUCCCCGCAACGGGCUGAGCUCCCAUUGCUCAGUCCCUGCUCCUGCCAACCUAGCAGUUCGAAAGCAAGUCAAAGUGCAAGUAGAUAAAUAGGUACCACUCCGGCGGGAAGGUAAACGGCGUUUCUGUGUGCUGCUCUGGUUUGCCAGAAAUGGCUUAGUCAUGCUGGCCACAUGACCCGGAAGCUGCACGUCAGCUUCCUCGGCCAAUAAAGCGAGAUGAGCGCCGCAACCCCAGAGUCGGUCACGACUGAACCUUUACCUUUAAUAAGAAUGAGGCGUCUUCCCAUCCUUGGGGUAGUGGUUAUGCCUCCUAGGUCCUGCAGAGUGUGGGUGGUGGGAGCCAGUCUCAUAAGCGUAUGCCAAGCUGAGCUUUGUGUUGGAAGUUGCCUCAGCCACAGAGUUUGUGUCUGCCUUAUUUCUUCUGCUUAUUUAUUACUUGCUUUUCAAGGCCAGUCACUCCCAGAGACACACACAGAGGUCUUUGAACUUAGCUUGUAAUUGUGUAGCUGAAAUGUGGUCUCAUUAUUCUUCCCCCCCCCCCCCCAUCCACAAUAGGAUAGCACAGAGGUGGUGGUCAAAGACGUCUUGGCAGGAGACAGUGUCCACAGCCUCCUCAGCAUAUUGGAUGUCAUCACGGUAAGCCAAAGCCCAUGA